AUGGGGGUAGAAGUGCAGAUGCGAGGCGACGGGCGGCAGCCCGAAGGUGACGCUGCAGGGCGACGGGCGGCGGCCCGACGAGAAGCUGCGGGCGACGGGCGGCGGCCCGACGAGAAGCUGUGGGCGACGGGCGGCAGCCCGACGAGAAGCUGCAGGGCGACGGGCGACGGCCCGACGAGGAGAAGAGAUGACGCGAUGAUGUGCACCGGGUGUGACUAUCGCCCCAUUUCCCCAUGCCUUAUUCCCACUCCCUCUCUCCUCACCUUCCUCACCUCCCCUUUCACCUCUCCUCUUACCUCCCCCCUCACCUCCCCUCAUGUCCCCUCACCCUCCCCUCACCUCCCUUCACCUCCCUUCCCCCCCCCCCUCCCCUCCCCUCCUCCCUUCACCUCCCUUCCUCCCCUCCCCUGCCCUCCUCCCUUCACCUCCCUUCCUCCCCUCAUCUCCCCUCACAUCCCCUCCUCCUCUCACCUCCCCUCCCCCACUCACCUCCCCUCACCUCCCCUCAUCCCCUCACCUCCUCUCACCCCCUCAUCCCCCUUUCUCCGCUCACCUCCCUUCCUCCCCUGCCACACCUUCUUUUCCUUGAUCAGGUGCCCGAAUCACCUCACCUGUCUCUUCUCCCCACCGCACCUUGUUGGGCGGGUAGCAAGGGUUGGGACCGCCGCCCACGAGCGCGAAUAG